GGCUCCCGGCUGCAAAACGGAUCUGUGCAUCAGAAGGAUGGGUUAAACGACGAUGACUUUGAGCCCUACUUGAGCCCUCAGGCCCGGCCGAAUAAUGCAUACACUGCAAUGUCCGAUUCCUACUUGCCAAACUACUACAGUCCCUCCAUUGGAUUCUCCUACUCCUUGGGCGAAGCUGCCUGGUCCACGGGGGGUGACCCACCCAUGCCCUACCUAACCUCCUACGGACAGCUGAGCAACGGGGAGCCGCACUUUCUCCCAGACGCGAUGUUCGGGCAGCCAGGGGCCCUUGGCAGCACUCCAUUUCUCGGGCAGCACGGCUUUAACUUCUUUCCAAGCGGGAUCGACUUUUCAGCUUGGGGGAAUAACAGUUCUCAGGGACAAUCCACUCAAAGCUCUGGCUACAGUAGCAAUUACGCCUAUGCCCCUAGCUCGCUGGGUGGAGCGAUGAUUGAUGGGCAAUCUGCUUUUGCUAACGAGACUCUGAACAAGGCUCCUGGCAUGAACACCAUCGACCAAGGGAUGGCAGCUCUGAAGCUGGGCAGCACAGACGUUGCAAGCAGCGUCCCGAAAGUCGUGGGUUCGGCUGUCGGCAGCGGAUCCAUUACCAGUAAUAUCGUGGCGUCAAACAGUUUGCCUCCAGCUACUAUCGCUCCUCCGAAGCCGACCUCCUGGGCUGACAUCGCUAGCAAACCGGCUAAGCAGCAGCCCAAGCUGAAGACCAAGAACGGCAUUGCAGGUUCAAGCCUUCCACCGCCUCCGAUAAAACAUAACAUGGAUAUUGGAACUUGGGAUAACAAAGGGCCGGUGGCAAAAACCCCGUCGCCGGCCCGGCGGCCCAUGCCACAGCAGGCAGCUCAGCCCGCCCGCUGGGUUGCCCCUCGCAAUCGCGGCAGCGGCUUCGGGCAGAAUGGAGUGGACGGUAACGGAGUGGGACAGUCUCAGGCCAGUUCUGGUUCUGCUCCUUCAGAGCCGCACCCAGUCUUGGAGAAGUUGAGAUCCAUCAACAACUACAACCCCAAGGAUUUUGAUUGGAACCCAAAACACGGCCGGGUUUUCAUCAUUAAGAGUUACUCUGAGGACGAUAUCCACCGUUCCAUUAAAUACAACAUCUGGUGCAGUACAGAGCACGGCAACAAGAGACUGGAUGCCGCCUACCGCUCCAUGAACGGGAAGGGCCCCGUUUACUUACUGUUCAGCGUCAACGGUAGUGGUCACUUCUGCGGAGUAGCAGAAAUGAAAUCUGCUGUGGACUAUAACACGUGUGCGGGUGUGUGGUCCCAGGACAAGUGGAAGGGACGUUUUGAUGUCAGGUGGAUUUUUGUGAAGGACGUUCCCAACAGCCAGCUGCGGCACAUCCGCCUAGAGAACAACGAGAAUAAACCAGUGACCAACUCCAGGGACACUCAGGAGGUGCCUCUGGAAAAGGCUAAGCAGGUGUUGAAAAUCAUUGCCACCUACAAGCACACCACCUCCAUCUUUGAUGACUUCUCACACUAUGAGAAACGCCAAGAGGAGGAGGAAAAUGUUAAAAAGGAACGCCAAGGCCGUGUCAAGUAAAAGGCCACUUCUCCCACAGAGACUGCAGCAGAGAUCGCAUCCUGGUUAUCUUUCGGAGAGAAAGAGGGAGCAAAAGUAUCCCGGAGAGAAUUAGGACU